AUGCUCAGGCAGCAGAUCCACGAUAUCAAGGAAUACCUCAACGACAAGAAAGCACCAUUUGGUGUUGACCUUGCACUCCCACAAGUGGGCGGCUCGGCACGAAAAACAAACUACGAUUACACCCAUGGCCAACUACCCGAACUUAUCGACGUCAUAAUCGAAGAAAAAGCUUCGCUCUUUGUCUGUGCGGUUGGGAUCCCACCCAAGUUCGCAGUUGAUAAGCUGCACAAGGCCGGGAUCCCGGUGAUGAAUAUGGUUGGACAUCCCAAGCAUGUGGCCAAGGCUAGAUGCCGGGAGGAGAAGGUGGUGGGCAUACCGGGUAUGUUCCGACGAGUCCUUGUUCCUGCAUGUGUGGAUGCGGUCAAAGGUCGUAAAUCGCCGUUGACCGGUAAACCGGUCUUUGUUGUUGCGGCGGGUGGCAUUUAUGAUGGACGAGGACUCGCUGCUGCGCUCAUGUGGGGUGCUCAGGGCGUAUGGGUUGGUACUCGGUUCGUAGCCAGCGAGGAAGCUGGCGCGAACAAGAGGCACAAAGAACUGCUCGUGAAUGCUGGUUACGAGGACAUUGGACGCACGUUGAUUUACUCAGGAAGGCCGUUGAAUGUUUACAGGACUGAUUACGUCAAAGAUUGGGAAACAAACCGAGCUGAUGAGAUCAAAGCCUUGACCGAAAAGGGGAUCGUUCCACACUACCAGGAGAUGGAAAAGCACCCCGAAAAGUCGAUAGUUGGACACCAUUACCUUAUGGGCAAUGUUGCGGCGGUGAUCAAAGACGUCCUUCCCGCCAAGACGAUUGUAGACAACAUGGUCUCUGAUGCGGUGAAAUGCAUUGAGAAUGCAAAGGCGAUGACCGGCGGAAAGGCCAAGCUCUGA